UGCCGCAGAGUCCAGGGGACGUUGCUGAACCGGCCUGGGAUCCUGGGCUGUGGUGCCUCCUGUCCGCCCGCCCGCCCGCCCGUCUCCUCUGCAUCUGCCGGGUCCCGAGCAAACUAACACGAAACCGCACGGAAAGGGCGGGUCGGAUUGAGAGAAUUCCCCGAGUGCCACCAGGAGCUGACGCACAUAAGGAGCUAGGGGCCAGCAAGAUGGCAGACGAGGCCUUAGCUGGGCUGGAUGAGGGAGCCCUCCGAAAACUGCUGGAGGUCACAGCAGACUUGGCAGAGCGGCGGCGGAUCCGCUCCGCCAUCCGGGAGCUGCAGCGGCAGGAGCUGGAACGGGAAGAGGGGGCUCUGGCAUCCAAACGUUUCCGUGCCGAGCGGCAGGACAACAAGGAGAACUGGCUACACUCUCAACAGCGGGAAGCUGAGCAGCAGGCUGCCCUCACACGGUUGGCAGGGAAGCUGGAGUCCAUGAAUGACGUGGAGGAGUUGACCACACUGCUUCGGAGUGCCGGUGAGUACGAGGAACGCAAGCUGAUCCGAGCUGCCAUCCGCCGUGUGCGAGCUCAGGAGAUCGAGGCUGCCACCUUGGCUGGGAGACUGUGCAGUAGACUUCCUAGCAGCGGCUCCCGGGAGGACAGCAGGAGGCAGGCAGCUCACAGAUUGGACCCUGGUAAGGUACCAGAGCAAGAGCAAGAGAAACAGCAGACAGCAGCGCCAGAGCCAACCCCAACCCCAGCCCCCACCCCUGAGGACACCAGCCAGGAUGUGACCACGGUGACACUCCUGCUGAGGGCCCCGCCUGGGGGCAUGCCCAGCUCACCACCUGCCUCGCCUGACGGUUCACCCACCACUGCUUCUCCCGAGCCUCUGCUAGAACCCGCCGGAGCCCAGUGCCCUGCUGCUGAGGCUCUAGACGGCUCUGAGUCGCUGCCUCGUCCUUCGAGAACUCCCAGCCCUGAGCCCCCCAUGUCACCAGCACCCCCCAGCUCUCAGGGGCAGGUCAUCAGCAAGCCCCUGCCUGGCCCCACAGAGCCCUCUAGCACCUUGGGCCCCGCCAGAGGCUCCUCCAGCACUAAGAGAACAGAUCUGGCCAAACCACAACCCUGCCAACGCUCCCUAUCUGUGCUCAGUCCCCAACAGCCAACCCCAAAUGGAGGACCGUCCCAGUUCCAACGGGCUGGCUCCGUGAGAGACCGCGUCCGCAAGUUCACAUCUGAUUCUCCUGUGGCUGCCAGGCUCCAGGAUGGCCCACCCCGAACAGCCCUCACUUCACUGACCCCCACAAGGCUCCUGGGCCCCUCCUUGGUCGGCACCACCCCUGCCUCCUCCUCCAGCAACUCCUCCUCUCGAGGUCCCAGUGACACUUCCUCCCACAAGAAGCAAAGAGAACUUGCUCCUUCCCUGGCCCAGCUUCAGAGCUGCCCUCGAGAGGAGGGCCCUGAGGGGCGGGGCUUGGCUCCCAGGUCCCUUGAAAACAGAGCAGGGGGGCCCAGGCCCUGCUCAGAAGAGCCCAGUACCCCGCUGCCCGUGGGCAUUGGCACUGGGGAAUCCGGGGGCAGUAUGAAGACGACGUUUACCAUUGAGAUCAAGGAUGGCCGUGGCCAGGCCUCCACAGGCCGGGUGCUGCUGCCCACAGGCAACCAGAGAGCAGAAUUGACACUGGGACUGCGGACACCCCCGACCCUUCUCAGCGCCAGCAGUGGGGGCAAGAGCGCCGUCACCCACGUCAGCAGCCCUGGCACUGUGACCCGACUGGGCAGUGUCACUCACGUCACCACCUUCAGCCAUGCCUCCCCUGGUAACCGAGGAGGCUGCAACUUCAAGAUGGAGCCAGAUCCCCCAGAGCCUGCCUCUGUGACAGUGGAAGCCGCUAACGGCGCAGAGCAGACCCGAGUGGACAAAGCCCCAGAGGGGCGGAGCCCCCUGAGUGCCGAGGCGCUGAUGGCCAUUGAGGAUGAAGGAGUCCUGGACAAGAUGCUGGACCAGACUACGAACUUUGAGGAGCGGAGGCUCAUCCGGGCUGCACUCCGUGAGCUCCGACAAAGAAAGAGAGACCAGAGGGACAAGGAACGAGAACAGCGAUUACGGGAAGCCCGGGCCCGGCCAGGGGACAGCCGAAGCAAUAUGGCUACGGAGACCACCACAAGGCACAGUCAACGGGCAGCGGACGGCUCAGCUGUCAGCACAGUUACCAAAACUGAGCGGCUCGUCCACUCCAAUGAUGGCACACAGACGGCCCGCACCACCACGGUGGAGUCAAGUUUCGUGAGGCGCUCGGAGAAUGGCGGCAGCAGCAGCAGCAGCACCACAGUCCAAACCAAGACCUUUUCCUCUUCCUCUUCCUCGUCCAAAAAGAUGGGCAGCAUCUUCGACCGAGAGGACCAAGCCAGCCCACGUCCUGGCAGCCUGGCAGCCCUUGAGAAACGUCAGGCAGAGAAGAAGAAAGAGUUAAUGAAGGCACAGAGUCUGCCCAAGACUUCAGCAUCCCAAGCACGCAAGGCCAUGAUUGAGAAACUGGAGAAAGAAGGCUCUUCAGGUGGUCCUGGCACACCCCGUACAACUGUACAGCGUUCUACCAGCUUCGGAGUCCCCAACGCCAAUAGCAUCAAGCAGAUGUUGCUGGACUGGUGCAGAGCCAAGACCCGUGGCUACGAGCAUGUGGACAUCCAGAACUUCUCCUCCAGCUGGAGUGAUGGGAUGGCCUUCUGUGCCCUGGUGCACAACUUCUUCCCAGAGGCUUUUGACUAUGGGCAGCUUAGCCCACAAAACAGGCGCCAGAACUUUGAAAUGGCCUUCUCAUCUGCUGAAGCUUCCUGCUCCCACGGGAUCCCGGCUGGAGAUUCCAAAAGGAGGCUCCUGGCCCAGGCACCGUGCCCGAGUGACCUAUAUAGGCCUAUAUAGGACAUCAAAAGCCCUCCACUUUGGAAUCGUUGCCCCUUCUGCACACUGCACCCAAGCACCCUCCUCCAUCUUUUUCUUAUUCUCCCCUUCUCUUUCUGGUUCCCUCCAGGAUUUUUCCUCCUCCUCCCCCACUCCUCUCACGCCUCCCUCACCCCCCCUCCAUGGGGCACAGCCCUCCUCUCCAACCUCGGCACCAAUGCCGUUGCCCCCCCCUUCCCCCUGCGUCCCCGCUUGCCCCAAGAGUUCUCUGCACCUGUGACUGGUUUGCCCCCCCCCCCACCCUUGUCUGCACCGCUCACCAUUAGUGAUGGGUAGUGAGCAGCACGUCCACCGUCGGGAGGGGGCAUGCGGGAGGCUGGCAGAUGCGGCACUGAUACCGUAACUGAACUCAUGUCUCUGUGUGUGUAUGUGUGUGUGUGUCUCU